AAUUUUUAUUACCACAUGGCAUUAUACCAACCAAGUUUUUUUUCCUUGUCGGUUGGACUUGGAUAAGCCUUCAGAAGGCUCCCAAAAGCCCCAUUUUUUUUUCCUAUGCCAUCCUCUUCCACCUGCAUCUUUCUUUCUUCUAUCUUCAGCUAAGGUUAAGGUGCUUUUUUAGGUAAAUAUAAGUUUUUGUUAUGAAUUUGAGUGUACUUUAAUUUCUUUCUAUAUGAAGUUCUAUGGAAUAUUGGACGUAAGUUUAAAGCUUGGGGUAUCCAAUGAACCCUUCGGGGUAAUCAGUGGACAUCUGCGCAGUAGGAUUAGUACUGUGAUUAGCUCCGAUACAGUGUUACUAGCACACAUCAGUGGACUCCAUAGCAUUGUGUAAUUUUCGAUUUUUUGCAUUACACUUGUGACAUCGUAUUUGUGAGCAUAUGAUUUUAGUAUAUGAAUUUAAUUUAAAUGUCAUUGAUUAUUCCUUGACAUGUGUGAUUAUGAUUUGAGAUAAUAAGUUAUUAUUUAAAUAGUGAGAAUUAUAAUAUUAUGUGGAUUGAUUACGUUGUAUCUCAUGCUCUUUGUGUGUAUAGGUCUAGGGGUCGUAAGAUCCAAAUUUAUAGUUUAAACUUAUUACUUACUGGGCUUUUAGCUCAUAAAAUCCUCCCCCCCCCAUUUCAGAUCAGUAGAUCAAGAUAACAGCCUCCCAGUUUGACAGCUUUUGGCAUGGGACUCAUAUGUUCAUUGUAUGUAUAAGAUCCGUAGAUUGGAGUAGCAACCACCAAUUGGGGAGUUUCGGUAGAGGUCCCGUAUACUCGUUGUAUGUAGAAGAUAAAACCUCGUGCUUUUAAUAUGGAGGCGGAGCAAUGUAUUACCAAAACAACAAUUUGGCUUCUGAUAUUUUGAAAAGCUUUUCAGAAGAAUUUACCUUCAUAUGAUUUUGUGUAAAUUAAUUUUAUGUAUAUAAUAUUUAAAUUAAUUAAAUGAGCUUAG